UUGUUUCCCCUCACAUAGAUUUGAUUCCCUCUCGGAAGUCCUCGGAGCGGCGCGGAGGAGAUGGAGGAAGGCAAGGACCCUGCUAUUAAGCUCUUCGGGACCACCAUCCCUGUGGUGGCUUCGGAGUCGACGGUGGCGGAGGGACCGCCGGAGGAGGGCGAGGUUAAGGAGGUAGUGGCGGAGGCGGAUUCGGCCGCCUCUCCGGCCCAGGGACAGAAGGAUACAUCUAAAGACUCAACAAAUAGGGAGAUCAGCAACUCUUCACCUGUUGCACCUAGUGAAGAGGAAGAAGGUACUAGUUUGACUGAUCACAAUGAAGAUAGGAAGAAACCAUCCACUGCAGAUGAAAAAGAAACAUCAAGUGCUAAAUCUGAAGACUCCGGCACUGGUACUGAUUGCCCUGAAACACAAAAGGUCCUCAAGAAACCUGACAAAAUUCUUCCAUGUCCUCGUUGCAAUAGUAUGGAGACCAAAUUCUGUUAUUACAACAACUACAAUGUCAACCAACCUAGACACUUCUGCAAGAACUGUCAAAGAUAUUGGACUGCUGGUGGGACAAUGAGAAAUGUCCCAGUGGGUGCUGGCAGGCGCAAGAGCAAGCAUUCUGGCUCACAAUGUCGCAACCUAGUGAUCCCUUCCAUUGGAUUGCAAUCUGGUCAGUUAGAAACUCAUAACUUGACUCAUCAUCAAGUUAUCCCAUGCUUGCCUUCCGCACCUCCACGACCACUGACGCAAAAUGGGACAAUCCUUAAAUUUGGACAAGAAGUUCCUCUUUGUGAAUCCAUGGCAUCUGCGCUGAAUAUCAGAGAGCAAGUUCCAUAUUCUGAGCCUGGAUCUACCAUACACAGAGAAGACAGGGAAGAACCUUCCUGUGCAUCUUCGGCUAUAACUUCUAAUGUCAAUGAAAAUGGAUAUGGUAGAAGUGCAGCAUAUAUGAAUCAGAGUGGAGCACAAGUUUCCGGUAAUGGGUUUAUUCCGCUGCCUUAUUUGCAGUGCUAUCCUGCAGCUCCCUGGGCUUACUCAUGGAAUCCUAGCACAACGAUGGAAGCUUCUCCAAAUUGUUCAGGAACAGUCCCUUACUCUUUCAUGCCUGCUCCAUUUUGGGGCUUCACCACUUGGCCCCAUGGAACAUGGAAUAUACCGAUGGCUGGGAUGAAUGGUUGUGCAUCUCCAUCAUCCUCUACAAGCAACAGUGGUUGUUCUGGAAAUGGCUCUCCCACAUUGGGCAAGCAUUCUAGAGAUUCUUCUUUGCAGACUGAAGAGAAGAUGGAGAAAUCUUUAUGGGUUCCUAAGACUCUCAGGGUAGAUGAUCCAAAAGAGGCUGCGAAGAGUUCGAUAUGGGCCACCCUCGGCAUCAAACCUGAGAUCGGUGGAACCUUCCCAUCCAAGGCCGAAAACAAGGUUCAUAAAUUGGACUCUGAGCAGGUAUUACAUGCAAAUCCUGCUGCACUCUCUCGGUCACAAUCCUUUCAGGAAACCACAUGAAGAGUCUAGCACCAGAAAUUCUACACUAACCUUUUUCAUUGCAAGUGUUGUGCGAAAUAGUCAUUGUACGGCGAGGACAGCAUUGCUUUAGAUAGCAAGAAAGCAGGAUCCAGAAGCUGACAGUAGAAAGAAUAUGCAU